AUAAUCUAGUGGACAAAACGCUAAUUUCAAAAGCAGCAACAGUUGGUCAGACACCUCCGUAGCUUGAUAGACAAAAUAAACGAACCAAUAAAGCUCUUUAGACGCUUUAGUGUAUGUUAGCCACUGUGUUUUAAACCCACUUCUGUCGUCUAGUUAGUUAUCCGAUUUAAUGUAAUAUUUACGAUGUUAUUGGUCUGCUCAUGGCAAUUUAGAUUGCUGCUCAUUCAUUAGCCUAGCUAGCUAACAUCCAUGACCAUGAGUUCACUAAGCUACUCUCCUCCUGAUAAAGAAGAGGAGGUCUGCUGGACGGAGAAAGAGGAUAUGUGGCUGAACGUUGUCGUAAAAGAGGAGAAAGAAGAGGAGGCUGUUACCGUGAAAGAAGAAGAGAAAGACGUUUCAGUGGAAGAAGAGAAAGGCGUUUCAGUGAAAGAAGAGGAGGGGAAAGAGGAGGAUGCAGUUUUUGGAGUGAAAGAGGAGGAGGGGGAGAUGACUGUCACUUCCAGAAAGGUGGAGGAAGAAGAUGAGGGAACUGGAUAUCUGGGCCCGGUUUCCCAAACGCAUCUUAAGGCAUCCAAUGGUAACGAUGAACUUAGCCAUAAAAUGGUUUUGGGAAACCGGUCCCUGAUUAACACUAGAGAGAGACAUGACGAUCGUGGAUCCUCUGGGGAGCCUCAACAACAUCAUGAAGCUGAAGAGGCAGAGGAGAGUUUUUCUGCAUCAGAACAUCUCAAGAAACAGAAGCGGAAACGCACAGGGAAGAAACCUCACCGCUGCUCUGACUGUGGGAAGAGAUUCACCUCUUCAGCAGACCUCAAAAGACAUCAGAGAAUCCAUACAGGAGAGAAACCUUAUAGCUGUGAUCAAUGUGGGAAGAGAUUUACUGAUCUAAGCAGCCUGAAAAGACACCAGAGAAUUCACACUGGAGAGAAACCUUAUAGCUGCACUGACUGUGGGAAGCGUUUUAAUGUUCCAAGCAGCCUGAAAACACACCAAAGGAUUCACACAGGAGAGAAACCUUAUAGCUGUGAUCAAUGUGGGAAGAGUUUUGUUUCAUCUAGCCAGCUGACUGUACACCAGAGAACACACACAGGAGAGAAAUGUUAUAUCUGUGAUCAAUGUGGGAAGAGUUUUGUUUCAUCUAGCCAGCUGACUGCACACCAGAGAACACACACAGGAGAGAAAUUGUAUAGCUGUGAUCAAUGUGGGAAGAGAUACUCUGGUAAAAGAUCUCUGAUUAGACAUCAGAAAAUACAUGAAGGAGUUGUUCCAUGAUAUCAAUAAAAUGUCACAAUGUAGAAUGUCUUAACAUGGUUCUAAUGAUGUCAUAAUGUAGAACCCUAAAUGUUUGCCCCUUGAUCUAUUGAUUUCAUCAUGAUAUGGAUAUUAGCCUCAUCAAGGGAAAAAUCCAGGUUCUGAAAUGAAAGAGUACUAUUUAUGUGAUUAACAAAAAGUGUUGCGUUACACUUAUCUCAUCGGUGAUCCACUUGAAUCAAAAUGCAACACUUCAAAAUGUAGCGAGCUUACCACAAGCUGUCCUCUAACCAGUGAUGUACACAUUAAACCCAGAUUCCAUGUGGUUUUAGAGCUGUUCGUUUAAUCAGGAUGUGUAACCUCA